CUUAUAUCUUGUAGGCCUUCAAUGAGGAAAAAGAAUAAGUUUCCUAUUUUAGCAAAUUCUGUGGCAAAUAGGGAGGUUGGUCAUAUUUCUUGAGUUUUGAGAAUUGCCAGAAGAUAGAAUGAUUUAACUGUUUUGCCUGCUGUGCAUUAUCAGAGCAACUUCUGAGGACACCAAAAGGUCUUUGAAUUUAUUCAUGAUGGAGAAUGAUUUUUUCAAUGCCUCUUCAUCAGCUGCAGAUCAUAGUUAUAUGGCGGCCAUGGAUGGAUUUAGCUCACAAAUGUUUUCAGGUUCUAUGUUUCCGUCCGAUGUACCAGAUCAUGGCAAUUGCAGGCAGAUUAUGCAUACGGAUUCAUUAUAUCUUACAUACCAGGAAGAAGGCCCAAAUAGUGAACUGUAUGCUCCUAAUAUGUCUCAUAUUACAAAUGCUUCAUUCAAUGCCUCAAUUGGAAAUACCAACUUAAGAGAGAACCUCAUGGGAACUUCUUUGUCUGCUGCUUCGCUUGCUGAUCUUCUGUCGACAACCACUAGUUUGCGCGAUAAUCAUACGACUUCAUCCUUCUCUUUAGAGGAUAUGAAGAAAGUCAUACCCAUUGAAAGCUGCAUUUCUCUAAAUUCAUCCGCGAAGAUCUCAGUAAGCUCUGACUUUGGGCCGCAGGAUCACACCGUAUUCUUAGCAUCUCAAAAAGGUGGUGGUGAUUCGAAUGGACAACGGAAUUACAAUAUGUUGAAUUGUAAAUUGUAUGAUGAGCUUUCCAGGAAUCAGUUUCCUUCAACUCAAACAUCUAGCACAGUUCACCCAUCUUAUCUUGUAGGAAGCUUAGAGCAAGGUUGGAUUUCCAACAGAUCUACUCUGAGCUUUGAUCUUUCUCAUGGAAAUGAGCUAUCACUGAGUCUUGGCUCCUCUCAGCCUUCUGUCUUCAGCUUGGCAAAUGGUGCAGACCAGUGCUCUGAAGUAAGCUAUUCUGGCAUGACACAAGUUAUGUCUAGAGUUGGUAGCUCAAUGGAUGUAAAUAAGAUGCAUAAUCUUCCUCGAGAUUAUCAGAACUCAUUUACAAAUAGAGAGAAGCUUUCCUUGUGCUGUGGAUCAUCUCAUAUGCCUGUUCACUUUUCUCAAAUGCUAUCAGGAUCGAGAUAUCUACUUGUUAUUCAAGAAAUACUUUCUGAACUUGCCAGUUAUGCCACUGAAGAUGUGGAAGAGGUUGAUGAUUCACUUGGUGAUAGUGUGGCUGAGGCAAAGAGGUCUUCUUCCAGCUGCUCCAUUGUGAAUGGAUUUACAGCAACUGGCUCUAAUGGCUUGCCAUUUUGUUCAGGAGAAAAUGAGCAGGAACAACAAACAGACUUCCAGCUGCAGGAGCAAAAUAGUACAAGAAAAUAUGAACUGAUAAAUAUGCUUCAGAUGGUUGACCAGAGGUUCACUCAGUGUGUCGAUCAGAUUCAAAAUGCUGUUUCAGCUUUCCAUUCCGCAACAGCCACAGGGUGUCAUCUGCCUGCCCAGUUUGCUCUCAGCACUAUAUCCAGCUUUUAUAGAGCUAUCAGGAAGAAAAUUACUGGUCAGAUUGCUUCAUUCAGUCAAGAAUCGAGCUUUGAAUUCAUGAAAGAGAAAGAGAGAAGCUUUGAAACUUCUUUCAUCCAAAGACAGUGGGCUCUUCAGCAGCUAAAGAGGACUGAUCAACCAUCAUGGAGACCACAGAGGGGUCUACCAGAAAAAUCAGUCUCAGUUCUUCGCGCUUGGAUGUUUCAGAACUUUUUGCAUCCGUACCCUAAAGACAAUGAAAAGCAAUUGUUGGCACUUAAAAGUGGACUCACAAGGAGUCAGGUCUCAAACUGGUUUAUAAAUGCACGAGUUCGGCUCUGGAAACCCAUGAUAGAAGAAAUGUAUUCUGAAAUCAACAGAAAGAACCGUGCUGAAGAAGGAUCUAGCAGCCUACACAGAAACCAUUGAAACAGAUCAAGCCAAGGUAGUCUGCAACAAUCUACCUUCUUCUUCCUAAGAACAUUUUAGGAAAUAUUUUUCAUUAUUCCAAACUCUCUUUCUGGUGUUUAGAUCAUGAAAUCAGCUGAAGAAGGCUUGCAAAUUGUACUUCACUUGUUUUCCUCCAUGUUAAAUGUUUAAG